CGGGGCCGGGGCGGGCUGCGGGGCGAUGGAGGCGGGUGGCACCGGCGCCGGGCGGGGGGACGGCGGCUGCUUCUUGUACUACGCAUACGGCAGCAACCUGCUGCGGGAGCGGCUGCUGCUGAGCAACCCCUCGGCGGAGCUGCGCGCCGUGGCGCGGCUGCAGGAUUUUAAGCUCGAGUUUGGCCAUCAUCAAGGCAGGACAAGUUCUGUCUGGCAUGGAGGUACAGCUACCAUUGUUCAGAGCCCUGGAGACGAAGUGUGGGGAAUAGUGUGGAAAAUGAACGCUAGCAAUUUAAGUUCACUGGAUAAGCAAGAGGGAGUAGAAGGUGGUAUUUAUGUCCCAGUGGAAGUUAAUGUCCACACUCAAGCAGGAAAGGUACUGACCUGUCGAAGCUACCAGAUGAAGGACUAUGUCUGUGGUCCCCCUUCUCCUCAGUAUAAAAAGGUUAUCUGCAUGGGUGCAAAACAGAAUGGCUUGCCAGCUGACUAUCAGAAGAAAUUAGAAGCUAUUGAAACGAAUAACUCUGCAGGGCCGGUGCCAAUCAUGGAAGAGAUUGAAGCUGCUAUUAAAGCAAAGAACAUAAAUUCUGCAUAGAAUACCUCUUCACUUGCUUGCCCAUUUACCUUGAUUUAGAUACCUCUCUUCAGUGUACUGAUCAGCAGUUUCUUUAUUUAUCAAAAAAAGAUGAGUUUGCUGUGUACCUACAGUAAGUCAUAAUGUGCAGUCUGAAGACACUCUGACAUUGGUAACUUCUUCACUUUGUAUGUAUAGCUUGGGAAUAUGAUGAAGUUUAUGCAGAUUUAGAAAUUAUCUUUCUGUAAUUGUCAUGCAGUGCUGCAUGCAAACUUGUGCUUCGUGUCCUGUUUACUGACUUUUAAAAAGACCAUCUUGAUGAGUAUUGGUAUCUGUUGCCUUCUGAUGAAUAAGGGCUGCAGGAUCAGGCCCUUUGUCCAUAGAUGUUGUAUAGACAAUUACUAAGAAUCUCAAAUAUUUGUUAUAUGCAGAGUAAACUCAAAGCUCUAAACCAAGGCUAAACUUUUUCCUCUGCUUCUUCGCUCAAUGGUUUAAAGUCCAACUUACCUGAAGCUAUGGAGUUCCUGUUUAUAUAGUUAACAAAGAAAGAAAUAUUUUUUUAACUAUUUCAAUGUUUUUAAGUGUUGGUCCAAAAGGCAACCCAGGCCUGAAGACAACAUUCAGCAAAGGAUCUCAUUCAGAGCAUAAUGGCUGCCUCCUUUCUAUGUCUAGUAAUCGUCAUAGGUGAACUGGUUAGGUAUAACCAACAGAUUUUAAAGAAUUCAUUUUGAUUAGCUAGUGCCAAGGUUUUUUUAAAUUACCUUUUUGACUGGCUUGUUGCUUAUCUAGGCCUUGGUUUCAUGUCCCAUGAAAUCAAGUAAGUCUCCUGUGAGUCCUAGUGCAUUUUUUUCAUGGUUUUGUUUGUCUGUUAAACCCCAGAUGAACAGAAUUGGCCUCUUGCCGCCACCCCACCCAUCCCCCCCAGCUUUGAUAAUCUGCAAAACUGGAAGCUUUGGUAAGGUUUAGAGUACUUAUCUUCAUGGUACGUGGCAACCCCUGUAGAUAGUUUGGGGGUGACAAGGAAAAAUUGACAACCUGGAAGAUGUCAGACUACUGACCUUAGGCUUAUUUUAUGUGCAGUGGUUUGGGGUUUUUUUCUCUUGAUGUACAGAGGGGUGUAAGAGACAAUUGCUGUCACUGUGUGACUGUUUAGAUAAACAAAUGACAAAGUAACAGACUUAGUGUCUUCUCUGCAUAACUUUGUCCUGUAAACUUUUACCAGGGAUGUAUAGGUGCUGUCCAGAUGUCAUAUGCCCAUUUCCAGAGUUGGGCACAGUGACUACAGUAAAACAUGGUACUUUUCUGUAUUAGCACUGUCUAGUCUGAAACUGAGUAAAUAAAACUGUGAUUACCCAA